UUUCGCACCUGAGCGACACGCCCCUCCAGGUGUGAAAUAGACUCGACCGUUUGAUCAAAUGCAUUUCCUGUAAAAAUACACAAGAUAAAAUGGGAAAAGAUGUUUUGACUCUUUGUGGGGCGGCUUUAGCCACCCUUUCAUGUGUUUGUACCAUUAUCUCAUUUUCGACUUCCUACUGGUUGGAGAGUUACAAAGAGGCCAACAGCAGAUUUAGGAAUCUGGGCCUCUGGGAGGCCUGCUUCAACAACUUUGCUUAUGACAGAGACAGCUUAGGGAAAACCUACGAUGGAUGUGCUUGGAUCUUCUCCUAUGAAUACAGACCAAUUUUCGACUGGCUUAAUCCAAACUGGUUCCUGGCUGUACAGAUUAUGAUGACCUUGAACUUGAUACUGUCCUUGGUGACCAGUCUACUGUGUCUGCUUGGUAUCCUCAAGUUCUGUCCACCACACAGAGCGUCUAUUGCCCAGCUGACAAACGCAAUACUGAUAUUUUCAUCAGCUGUAUUGAUCACGUUAUCCAUAAUAAUUUUCGGAGUGAAGUCAGAUAUUGAUCGACAGUGGUUAUCUCGUCCUGACCAGAAUUUUCUGUCAUGGUCCUUCGGUUUGGCUGUGGUUGCUGGUUUCUUAGCCAUUUUCUCUGGGAUGUGUCUCCUUGUUGAUAGCUUACGUCUGGGCCAGAUCAGACGUAAGGCUCAAGCUCCACCACCUUAUGCUGGAUAUAAGAUGUCAACAGUUCCGCCACAGUACUGAGAAAUGAUCACUGACUAAAAUCUUUCAGGAAUUGUGUAUAUAAUACAAAAGAUGUAUAGACCAUAUAUAUUUACAUAUCAAUUUUGAAUGACUUUUAUAUACUUAAGGUAAUUGACUUGUUUUACAUCUACAGUUCCUUGCUUUGUUUUUGAUAUAAAAGGAAAAGUAUCCGUAUCAAACAACACAUUCAUGUUUGAACAAAUAAGAGAUUAUGCUUCUCUCUAACUUGAAUGACUAGCUUGCUUUACAAAAUUAGAAUUUUGUGUUAAAAAUAACUUAGUUUAAAGGUUGUUUACUUUUGCCUCCAAUGUCAUGACCCCAUAGUUACUUUUUAAGCAUGUCGCUUGGACCUCUUGCCACAUUUUGUAACUUUUGGUGAACUAAUGGACUAUAAGUGAAAACAUAAGCAGCCAAAUUCAAAUCAUGAGAGCUGAAAAAGGCAACUUUUGACAGGAAGUCUACAUUAUGUUUUAACAGCUUCCAACACUGGAAUUCAGUUUGUGCUAGUAAAAGAUUUUCUAAAAUUUUAUCAAAAACGACAAGAAUUUUGUAAUCUGGUUAUUUUUGUACUGACACCAUUUUAAGCUCAUCUGAUUUAAAAAAAAAAAAAAAAUGAUGAGUUACUGUAAUCACUUAAUCAGCGUUGCCUGGUUAAGUUUUAUGUUUAGGUCAGCUUUUCUCCUAAACUAUAAAAGGUAUUGCUUUAAAACUUGCAACACUUGUUCACCAUCAUAAGCUGACCCUGUACAGCAAGAAACAUAACUCUGUCCUGCUUUUUGCAAGAAUUAUGGCCCCUUUUUGACUUAGAAAAUAUCAGAUUUAUUGGUUAACUUUUAUGUUUAGGUAAACUUUUCUCCUAAACUAUCAAAGCUAUUGCUUUGAAACUUGCAACUGUUGUUCACCAUCAUAAGCUGACUCUAUAUAUCAAGAAACAUAACUCCAUCCUGCUUUUUGCAAGAAUUAUGGCCCUUUUUGGACUUAGAAAAUCAUGGGUAGGACAAUUUUUCUAUUAUACAAAAAAAUCAGAUGAGCAUCAGCACCCGCAAGGCGGUGCUCUUGUCAUACAAUUUGUUGUUACUAAUUUGAUGCUUGUUUACUACAAACUGAUUUGGCUGUAAAGUGCAUAUCAUUUACUAAAAACUUUUUGAUUGCUGGUGCUUUUUUUGUUUCAGUAUUCACAGGUUGCAUUUCAUAACUCAACAGAUUAAGAUAUUUUAAUUUUAGAAAGAUUUUUUUCCGAAAAAAAAAGAAAAAAAAUGAGUUGGUGUAGUACAAGCAGGCUUGUGAUUUAAUCACAGAAAUAUGUAAUCAUUUUGUAAAUAAUUUUUGUUGCACUUUAUCACAUAACUGUGUACAUGUAUAUACAUUUUAAGACUUAUGUUCUAAUUAAACUCUUUCCCCCUAUUACUGUAAUCUUUAAUACUGUAGAAACUUGUGGUAUAAAAGCAAUUGUCUGACAACAUGUGUAAGUAUGUGAUUUUACGUCCAAUUGAAAAUUUAACCAUCUAAACCUUCUGUUCUUUCAUUCUGAAGCCAUUUUCAUUAAAAAUUCAAACCCAGCUGGCGUACAUUCUCAAGGUUAGUAAAAUUAUGUAAAUUCACACUUGGACACACACACACACAGACAGAGUAAAUCAAUACGCCUCCCACACCACUGUGUGGUGGGAGACAUAAUAAUAAAUAAAUAAAUAAUACUUAUGCAUGUCUUUUUUGAUUAUGUGUGCCAAGAACAGGACUGGUAAAAAAAUGUUUUUACAAUAAUCAGAUAUUUUGCUUUUUCUAAUACUGUAUCUGUUCAUUUGAAUUAUGGAAUCAAGUCUUCUAGUUCUUGCAGCCCUUAUCUAAUUUCUCAAUUUACAAAUUUUCUUGAGCUGAAGGAUGCAGCUUUUCCUUCAAAUGAGAGAGAAAAACAAAUGUAGAAAUAUAAGGAAUUCCUUGCAUAUCACAACAUGAUUUUAGAAUGUAUUUAAAUGAAAUAUACUUUCAUGCCAUACUUUCAUAUUUUUUCUCUAAUUUAAUAUACUUUCACAAUUUUUCUCUCUAAUUCUUGGUCAUUAAAAUUAAACAAAAUAUGCAUCUCUAAACUACACUUUGUCUGUACUCUGUACGGCAACAUAUAGUAAAUCAUUCCCCACCCCUUCACAUUUUUUUUGAAAUCUCAGUUCAAGGAACAUGUACCUUACCUUUUAUAUUUUGUACAUUAUGUAUAUAAUGUUUUUAAUCUCAUUUACAUUUUAUACUUUAAUAAAUGUCUUACCUGUUCAUUUUUUUUCAUACUUGAUAAACACUGUCAACUGUGCAGAUUGUUAAUUCUUCUUACACAAAAGAAAAUGUAAUUAAAUCAACCAAAAUCAUUCCAUAAAAUCAUGUAAAAAAUAUCACUGUAUUUCUUUCUUUUUAAAUGUAUAUAAUGGCUGCUUUGCAUAUUUUUUACAAUAAAGUAUAUUCAUAUGAAAA